AUGUUUCCCGUACUCAAGAUCAACGUCACUGGACUAGAGCCUAAAGCAAUGUACUCUUUCUUGCUCGAUUUCGUGUCCGUUGAUGGUCACCGAUGGAAGUACGUGAAUGGAGAAUGGGUGUCAGGUGGAAAACCAGAACCUCCGACCCCUAGCUGUGUAUACAUCCACCCUGAUUCGCCAAAUUUCGGAGCACAUUGGAUGAAACAGCCCGUAGUUUUCUCCAAAGUGAAACUGACCAACAAACAAAAUGGCAAUGGGCAGGCAAGAAAAUUUCUCUUUUGUGUAUUUAUUUUAUUUUACGCGGCAUAAAAGAAAAACUUUUUCCUAAUCAGACUUCAAAGAAAAAAAAAACUUCACUUUCUUAUUCGGCCAGUUUGUUCUGGGUAAAAUUUAAUAAUGGCCAGGUCAGUGGAUGAUUGUGUUUAAUGUUGUUCACAAAGAAAUUAGCUAUUGAAUGAAGCACGUGAAUUUAAGUAUCUCUUGAUUUAUCUCAAACGUUAUUUUUUUGUCGUUGCAAAACCGGCUAAUUAUUGAAUGGCUGUGUCUUUUUCCUUUACAGAUUAUGUUGAAUUCCUUACACAAGUACGAGCCAAGAAUACACAUCAUUCGUGUGGGUGCACCGGAAAGCAAUAGAACAGUGGUCUCGCAUUCAUUUCCAGAGACGCAAUUUAUCGCGGUAACAGCUUAUCAAAACGAAGAGGUUUGUUUGGCAUUGAUUGCAAAUUUGAUUUCUUAGCUUGUGGUCUUUCUUUCAGUAGUAUCCAGGGAAAUUUAAUGAGGCUAAAGAAAAUUGCUUUCUAUUCUUAUCAUCGCGCAGAUUACAAGUUUAAAGAUAAAGUAUAACCCCUUUGCGAAGGCUUUCCUGGACGCGAAAGAACGGUAAGGAUAUAUCGUCACGCGCUAGGUUGUGAAUGCCUUUAAUUAUUUCACUUUUUUUGUUCUGAGUCUUAUAAAUUCUUCUAACUUUUCAGGCAAGAGCAAAAAGAGGCCCUAGAGCAGGCUGUGGAGUCUCAUUCGGCCUAUUCGCAAUGUGAGUUUGUUAUUUCACAACAAAUUGAUUUGUUAUUUUAAGAGAUGUUUGUGAAUUGUACACUUGAAAUUUGGUCAAUCGUAUGUUGUGUGAUGCUUUUGGAGGGCACUUUCAAACUCUGUUCCAUGAUUAGAGACUCUCUGUGGCGUUAGCGCUUAUGUGCGCGCGUCAGCGGAUCGUUGAAAAUCGUUAAUGCCCGUGGUUUUGAGAUGAGAAUUUCCUCGAGCAGUCGAUAUUCCAAUGUUAGAUUUUGCAGCAAGAGGAACUGGGUUGACAGUUGGUUAAAUUUUACGCUCACAUUUCGCACCUAUUCUGUCAUGCCACGCAUGAUAUUAUUGCGCGUUUUCCUUUAGGAAGAAGUGUCCGCAUUACUUAAGAUGUCCUUUGUUGAAAACAAGAAGCAGAAAAAGUGAGAAAUCAGCCUCGUUUUUGUUCACACAUUUUUCACGCUAGGCGUCUUGUUUCGCAUCACCUCGAACGCAAUGUUUUGUGUUUGUUCGUGUACGUUACCAAUGUCUCUUACUUAUUGAUCUUUCGGUUUCUAAUAAUUUUAUUUUUGCAGAUGGUUGGUUUUGCGCUGGUCCUUCGCCUGUUUACCAACACCACCAUCACCCAAGACCGUACGCGCACAUUCCUUCUUCGCCAUAUGACCGUUUAGGAAUCAGAGGCCAUCGCCCAUCUCCGUACCCUAACCCAUACCACAAGCGAACGGAUUUGGCAACACAAGGUAACUAUCUCUCUUUCUCGCAAGUUUGACGAUAUUUUGCUGAAAAAACGUAGAAAAAGGUUGGCGCUAGGUUUGAAAACUACUGAUCCGUGAAUCUAUUUGGAUAAUUGCAUCAAAUGAACGCUUUCCUUUUAUACACCAAAAAAUACCAGUUUACGUGGCUCACGAUCGAAGGCCGGAAAAAUGUUCCAUUGCCCACAUUUCGAAAAACAGGAUAGGGACCUGUUAAUUUUUGAAAAACUUCCUUUAGCGGUGCCUUAAAAAUAUGGCCUAUGUAUAUAUAUGAGUUACGUUUAAAAUACAGUUGAAAAGGAGCAAUUCUUGACGGGAAUUUUACUCUUGUCAAAAUUGUCCAGGACAUCAACGGCAUUUUGUCAAUAGAGAAAGAUUCACUUUUUAUUGUGAUAUAACAGAAUGAUUGCUGAAACAAUAGUUCGUAAGUAAAAUUUAAUAAAAGUUCAAUCGAUCGAAAAGAUUGCCCGAAUGGAACAUAGCUUAGAGAGAAAAAGACAAAAAGAAAGAACCAUUUAGCUUUCCUUUGGCUUCAUCGCACAUCAGAAGGCGACUUAAAAUAUUCGUUUUUUGACUGGAAAGUAAUAUACGGAGACCAGCAAGUUAUUGAAUCUUUUUUUACCUUUGUAAGUUGCGCAGUUUGUGCAGCUGCCCUCUUUCAUUGUCGAACGAAGAAUGGGCCUGAACACUUCAUACAAUAGCUCAAUCGACCAAAUGGCGCAGACGCAACCCCCAAACCCCAUGUUAACCUUCAAAGGCGUUCUAUGCGGCCUAAACAAACCUCCCAACCAGCUUGCUUAUUUUUUUCUCCUAUCAUUUAACGUCAGAGAAGUCGAGAAAAAACUAUCUGUUUAAUCACUGAGCUUAUUUUUUUUUACGGUAGACCUUUUACAAAGCUUCCCACCUUGACGGUUUUUUUGUCGCAGUUUUUUUUAUGAAAUUAAUUUUUACAAUUGGUCUUAAAGGUAACAUGCGAUCUUGUCAUUCUAUAAAAUGCGUAUUUUAUUCCGUGCUGUAAAUACGAAAUAGCUUUAGUCUGGACCAUAUGCCCUUCUAAUAGCUGAAGGAUUGUUUUCCAAAUCAGAUAUUACUUUGAGAAAACCAGCCUGGGCAACGGGACUUGAAAAUUUCUUUUGGCUCAUUCUGUAACCUCUGGCAACGGACGGUAAUCUGAUCAUAAGGGACUUGCUAAAAUGGUGUUCCUUUAAUUUCUCUCUUUUACACAAAAAAGUCGAGAACUUUACUAGGCAAAGAGUCUACUAAGACGUGGGAAUGUAUUCAAUAAAAUGACGUGAAAGGAAAGUCUUUGCAAGUCAACUUGUUUUGAAGUAUUCAAAUAUAACAGCACUCCGAGUUAAAUAGGUGACAGCUCAUCUAGUUUUACUUUUUAUUCUCGGUAAAACUACGGUUAACGCUGAACGCUGAAUUGAUAGCUAUUUGGCUUAUUCUUGAUGCAAUCUCGAAAGACGUAGAGGUAAUAUAGAUUAUUUUUACAAGGCAAUGGCUUAAUCUCUUUCUUUAAUACGUUGCACAAAUUUUGUGGUUGAAAAUAAAUGUGGUCAAAUUUACUUUUGAACCCCUUUAACAGCGUUAAAAGAAAACUACUCUUUUACCACUCCCACGAUUGGAUACGGUACUUGUAACUUUUUAGUCUGAGGAUGAAAUCUAAUGGUGUCAGCAUUCAAAUGAAACCUCUUCAGCGGCACUUUCGUACUUUUGUCAUUCAGCAUUUUACAAAGUAAAUCAAAAUUUUUGUUCUGUUUUUACUUUGUCCCCAGGGUUAAGCACGUCUCUCAUUUGCGUCUUCGAUCAUUCAAAUGAAACCUCUUCAGCGGCACUUUCGUACUUUUGUCAUUCAGCAUUUUACAAAGUAAAUCAAAAUUUUUGUUCUGUUUUUACUUUGUCCCCAGGGUUAAGCACGUCUCUCAUUUGCGUCUUCGAAGUAUACUCAGCCAUUUUUCUUUUUCAUGUUCUCAGCUGUAGCUCACGCACCUCAGUAUUUUCCAAGCGACUCCAACCAGCUGAUUUUACCUGGCCCCACAGCUUUGGACAACAUUUCCAUGUCAACGGCCUCGCUUGCGACGCACUCGCAUCACACGCCAGCCGGCCCUCAUCAGCUACAUCCCGGGCUGAGCCCAUUCAUGGCCAAUUCUUCCUACAGCUCAGCUUCUAGAAGUACUAUCGAUAUGGACUUGGCUCAUAAGGAAACUGACAGAUCGAAAUGUCUUCAACCGCCUGGGUUGUCUCUCCAUCCAACUUGGAAUACUCUGGGUCAAGCCUAA